ACCCCCCAAAAUUUUAUGAAUACAAUUUAAACCAAGCAAUUUUUGAAAAAAGAAACUGCUCAAUGAAAUUGAACUACAGGACUUUUAAUCGUGUAAAUGCUUGGUGGGCCACAUUAAAGAAUGGCGGGGGCCACACCAGAGAUGUAAAUUAUUUUCAAAGAUUGAAGAUUAUUUUGAACUAUAACACACACACACACUGUGAGUGAUGAUGUCAGCAAUGUGAGGCCCCGCCCCGCCCCCUGAGCUCCCAGAAGAGCAGGCGUGGUCGCCUCCACCCAUCUUCACUUUAGUCGCUCUCAGGGGACGCGAGGCGAAAGACGCGCGACCGAGGCCCGCGGACAGGCUGCCUUCUGCUAACAAAAAUCCGAGCGAAGACAACACAGCGCAUACGUGGAUCGCCGACAAGAAGAAGAAGGAGGAAGAAGAAAGAAGAAAGAAGAAGACGCCAUCUGAGGUGUGUUGUGGAAAAAAUAUCUCAUUCUGAUCCUGAAAGCAACCUUUGGCGCAGUAGAUUUUCUUAGCAAAGACGUCAGACAACAGACACAGUGACAGCUAGUACAGUAUGUGGAUGUCUCAAAACAGGCUUCUUUUUUUUCCUCACAUUAACAAUAAACAUAUCCCGGCGAGACCCGGCCGAACGUUCCGACAGAAACCGGCACGGGAGGACAUCAUGUAUCUCGUAACACCGAGGUGGGGGUGCCAAGGGGGGGGUCUUCCUUCUGCCUUCCAAAUGCUCGCAGGUUUUUCCACCUUCGCAGGUGCUGUCAACUUGGAGGCGGACAUUCGGGAGUCUCUCCCUUUGCAUCCAAUGAACACAAAUGAAAGGCUGCGGACCCCGGCGAAGAGCAACGAUCGCCGUGAAUUCUUUUUUUCUCCAAAUGAUUCAUUCCCGACAAAAAUAUCUCACCGGCUCCUGUCCAGGCUGUCGCCAUGGCGUCGACGGGCACGCAGCUGCUGGCGAGUGUCCUGUGCCUGCUGGGCUGGGCCGGCGUGAUAAUCAGCUGCCUUCUGCCCAUGUGGAGGGUGACGGCGUUCGUGGGCAGCACCAUCGUCACGUCUCAGACCAUCUGGGAGGGCAUCUGGAUGAGCUGCGUGGUCCAGAGCACGGGGCAGAUCCAGUGCAAGCCCUACGAGUCCAUGUUGGCGCUGAGCGCGGACCUGCAAGCGGCCCGCGCCCUCACCGUACUGGCCGCCGUGACCGGCGCCACGGGCCUCGUCCUGGCCUUCGUCGGGGGCAAGUGCACCCGCUUCUUGGACCGGGAGGGGCCCAGGUCCAAAGGCAGGGUAGCAGUGGCGGCGGGGGCGGUUCUGGUGCUCACGGGAUUGCUGUGUUUGAUUCCGACCUCGUGGGCGGCCGGCGCCGUGGUCCGGAAGUUCUACAGCGCCGCCAUAGACGCCCAGCGGCGUGAGAUCGGCGCCUGCCUCUACAUCGGCUGGGGAGCGUCCAUCCUGCUCAUCCUGGGAGGGGGGCUGUUCAUCAGUUCCGCAUGCCCCCUUAAAGCCCAGCACGCACACAAGAGCCCGUCCGUUCGAUACCUGAUGGCCCGCUCGUCCACCGGGUCCCUCCGCAGGGUCCCGGCGACGAGGCCGACCGGCACGGCUUUCGGCGGGCCUCCCAGCUACCGGGCGGCCUCUUCCAAGCCCGAGCUGCCCGGCGGGACCGCCUGGGGAUACGCGCCCGCGCCGGGCCUCGGGCAGAACUCUGAGAGAUCCUGGGCGCUGUCCGCUAAGUCUCAGCUGAAGCGACUGGAAUCGACGCCCUCGGAGCAAAGCGAGGCGCCUUCUACCGAGUCUCAGCUGAAGCCAGACCAGGUGGACCACAACAAGACUUUGGACUCCGACGGCAACCGACCUGAGGACUUGUCCUCCAACCCUUCAAAGACCUACCUCUGACCUGAACAUGACAACUUCUAAGAUCUGGAAUAGCUGUCUCUUUGGUCUAUCUGGUUUACGUCAAAGACCUCAUGCUAGAUGAAGGGCAAAGUUUAUAAGACAGCGGUGAGGCCGGUCAUGCUGUACGGCUUCCAGACGGUGGCACUGAACAGACGACAGCUGGAAAACGUUGAGGUUCUAUUUAGGAGUGCGCAGGUUGGACAGGAUUAGAAAUGAGCUCAUUAGCCAAGGUUAGAUGUUUUGGGGAGACCAGACUUGGAUGGUUUAGACCUGUCCAGAGGGGAGAUAUAUUGGUGGAAGGGUGAUGAGGUUGGAGCUGCCAGGCAAGAGAGUGAGAGGAAGACCUAAGAGAAGGUUGACAGAUGUCAUGAGGGAAGAUGGAUGCAGAACAUUUAGAGCCUUACAUGGAAAAGGAUGACGUGCUGUGGCCACCCCGAACGGGACAAGACCAAAGGAGGAGAAGAAGAAACAUAGUCUGCUCGUAAAGUGAUGUCACAAAGACGAGAAGAAGUAGAAGAUACAUCAAAGACCGAGACUUUUACUACAUCAAAGUCCGGACCUUGUGAUCUGUACUAACUCUAUAGGUAGACAACAAAGACCAAGAGUAAUUCUGUCUCUUUGACAUGGACUAACUCCAUUUGACAGGUUAAAGACCUAAACCAACUAUUUAACACCUCAAAGUCUAAGUACUGAUUGUAGACUAACGCGACAACACAGGUUAUAGUCCUACCUUGGACCCGGACUAACCCUCGACAGGACUCCAAGAGGACUCUUUGAUCCGAACUAACUGUAUUUGGUCAUUUCUUCGGUCUUGUAUGGCUUACUCGCGACAGGAAGUGACAUCACCUCAACUUUGUCUCUAACUGCAUUGAAUUCAUUUUUGACAUUGUCUGAUUUUAUUUUCAAAUGAAAAUGUGACAACAUUUUAAACUUGUAAACUCUGAUUGUGAAGUUUUCCUUUCUUCCCAGACUUGCUUGAAAUUGAGUAAGACCUCAAAACAGUAACAUCCUGACAUGAAGGAAAUACACAUGCAGUAAAUGUGCACGUGUUGUGUGUCAAGUGUGUGCAGUCAAUAUUGAGGGCCCCCGCGACCCGACCUCGGAUCAGCGGUAGAAAAUGGAUGGAUGGAACUGUAAUCUUUUGUUUCCUUUUGGACUGAUCUGUGUACGUGCGUUUUUGGAAGAAAGGCCAAUCAAUGAAAUAAGAGACGGCGGCGGCGGCUCCUUCCUGAAGUCUGACGAGUUUUGCUUGCGGCCGGUCCAACUGGUUUGACAGAAAGUGUUCUGCUGUCUUUGUGGACGUCAAAACGCUUUCACUUGACAUCUUUUGCUUUCGCCAGAUGGAAAAUUAUUCGUUACUUUGAGGAGUUCAUGAAUACAGAAAAUGAGAGAGAAGGAAGAGUAGAGGAGCCAAGAGUGGUGGACCAGGAACUGGCCAUGAUUAGUAAGGGGGAAGUUAGAAAGGCAUUACAGAGGAUGGAAAAUGGAAAGGCAGUUGGUCCUGAUGACUAGCAUCUAGGAGGCAUCUAGGCUGUGGAGUUUUGGACCAGCUUGUUCAAUAGAAUUCUAGCGCGUGAGAAGAUGCCUGAGGAAUGGAGGAAAAGUGUGCUGGUGCCCAUUUUUAAGAACAAGGAUGCUGUGCAGAGCUGUGGCAACUACAGAGGAAUAAAGUCGAUGAGCCACACUAUGAAGUUAGGGGAAAGAGUCGUGGAGGCGAGACUCAGGACAGAAGUGAGUAUUUGCGAGCAACAGUGUGGUUUCAUGCCUAGAAAGAGGACCACAGAUGCAUUAUUGAUGGAAAAGUACAGAGAAGGUCACAAGGCGCUACAAGCCCAAUUCCAAUGAAGUUGGGACGUUGUGUUAAACAUAAAUAAAAACAGAAUACAAUGAUUUGCAAAUCAUGUUCGACCUAUAUUUAAUUGAAUACACUACGAAGACAUAUUAGAUAUUUAAUGUUCAAACUGAUCAACUUUAUUGUUUUUAGCAAAUAACUUAGAAUUUUAUGGCUGCAACACGUUCCAAAAAGCUGGAACAGGCUCACGUUUCCCACUGUGUUCCAUCACUUUUUCUUUGAACAACAUUCAAGAAACGUUUGGGAACUGAGGACGCUAAUUGUUGAAGUUUUGUAGGUGGAAUUCUUUCCCAUUCUUGCUCGACGUACAGCUUCAGCCGUUCAACAGUCCGGGGUCUCCGUUGUCGUAUUUUACGCUUCAUAAUGCGCCAGACCUUUUCAAUGGGAGACAGGUCUGGGCUGCAGGCAGGCCAGUCUAGUACCUGCACUCUUUUACUACCAAGCCACGCUGUUAUAACAAGUGCAGAAUGCGGUGAUAUCCUUUACACAUCGAUGUCGGUUUUUGAUGCGGUGCCGCCUGAGGGAUCGAAGGUCACGGGCAUUCAAUGUUGGUUUGCGGCCUCGCCGCUUACAUGCAGUGAUUUCUCCAGAUUCUCUGACCCUUUUGAUGAUGAUGA